AGUGUUUGUGUUUGUAUUUCGUUGUUAUUAUAUUUCGUUUCUGUAUUGUUCGUCAUGUUACAGCAAGCCCCCUACGUCACGGCCGCCGCCGUGACAGCGGGCGUUCUCGGCAGCGUGUACUACAUCUACCACAUCUACCAGAACAGAAAGAGGUUACCAACGGAAUGGACGCAAGUCGGUACCCUGGAGCAUAUCUACGCGUACCCGAUCAAGUCGUGUGGGGGUAUUGCCAUGGAGACAGCUAUGUGCACGACAUUAGGGCUGAGGGACGGCUGGUUAAGAGACAGGGUGCUGAUGGUUGUAGACCAGAAGGGCAACUUUGUGACGGCCAGAAACUACCCGGAGCUCUUGUUGGUUCAACCCAGCGUGCGGAACUCUAUCCUCACUCUGAAGCACCGCGACAUGGAACCCGUCUAUGUCAACCUGGCUGAGGUGGUUGCGUUGCAGAGCCCCAAGACAGCUGUGGUAUGGGGAGUGACGGUGCCUGUGCUCGACUGCGGGUGGGAGGUCUCUGAAUGGUUUUCUAGGCUGUUGGACAUGUCUGCGAUCAAUUUUCGCUUAGUGUACUACGCGACCCAAAAGCCAAGGAGAUUGGACCUUAUGGGGAACACGUUUUAUUACAAUAUCACCAAGAAUGACACGGGAGCGCUCCCAGAUGAGACCUCGUACCACGUAAUCAACGCGGCAUCCGUCGCCGACCUGAACGCGCGGCUGCGGUCGUGUCAGGUCACCCACCACACGUUCCGGCCAAACUUCGUGGUACAAGGCCCGCAGCCUUAUGAGGAGGAUCGUUGGCGGUUCCUUAAGAUUGGAGACAAUGUGUUUGAGGUCAUCAAGCCGUGCUUGAGGUGUGUACUGACAACGAUCGACCCGGAAACAGGCGUGCGCAGAGAGGAGCGGGAGCCGCUACAGACUUUAAAAACCUACCGUCAGAUCUCGGAUCCUGAGGAGCGCCGCGCGUCGGGCUGCGCCCCCCGCAUGGGCCUGCAGCUCGCGCUCCGCUCCGGCCGCGGGCUCGUGGCCCACCGCGACCCCGUGCUCGCCGCUUGA